AUGGCAGACGAAGAAGGUAAUCUGCUUGGAUUCAAUAAUGAGGGGGAUAAUAGAGUGAUCCCACAGAAUCAGCAGGAUCUGCAAGGACAGAAUAACAACAGGCAAAGACAACCAACAUUGAUGGAAUUCUUUCAGCCGAAUGUAGGAAAUACUACGCAUGGUGGUUACUUUUCACAUCCCGUGCGGGCAAACCAUUACGAGAUUAAGACCAGUAUCAUUCGGUUGUUAGAAGCCCGCUGUCAGUUUUAUGGGCUACCGAAUGAAGAUCCAAAUGCGCAUCUCUCGAACUUUCUGGAGGUGUGCAGUACAUUCAAGCUCAGUAACAUGACAGAUGAUGAAGUUUGGCUGCGCUUAUUCCCAUUUUCUUUGAGGAACAAAGCGAAGAUUUGGAUCCAUGCUCUGCCUAGAGUGGGCAUUAACAGAUGGUCAGAUUUGGCCAAGGCAUUUUUGAACAAAUACUUUCCCAUGGCGAAGACCGCAAAGCUGACAAGAGAUACCAUGCUUUAUCAGCAACUCGAUGGAGAAUCAGUGUGUGACGCGUGGGAGCGGUACAAGGAAAUGCAGAGAAAGGUUCCUCAUCAUCAUAUCACUCGAGAAACCUUGAUCCAAAAUUUCUACAAUGGAUCAAAUGAUCAGACCAUGACAUUUGAGCUGUUAGAUGAGUUGGCGGUGAACAACUGUUCUUGGCCAACCGAGAGGGCCAAAGCACCAGUGCAAAGAGGCGUUAUGGUAGUUAAUACUGACCCAGUUAUGGAGAGUCUGAAAUUAAUAAUACCAGCACUGCAAGACUUACUCACAAGACAAGCUGCAGCAACCAACAUUAAUAGUAUGGCUGCAAUUCAGAAUAGCUGUGAGUCAACUUUGUGGGAGGACAGAGACCAUUCAAUGAUCAUUAUUCCAACACAUACAAUCAGGGAUGGAGAAAUCACCCAAACUUCUCAUGGAAGCAAUACCCAUAAUCAGGCAGGUCCUAGUUUUCAAGGAGAACAAAGACCACAACAGAAUCAGGGUAACAUCCAGAAUCAAGGCAGCUUUUACCAUCAAAACAAUAGGCCACAGCAUCCACCUGGUUUCCAACAGAACGAACAUGAAGAGUCUCUGCACAGCAAAAUUGAUAAGAUGAUGGAGUUGAUCCUAAUGAAGGACGCAGAGACUCAACAAGCACUUAAGAAUCAUGUUGCUACUAUUCACAAUCAAGAAUUGCAAAUGCAGCAGAUGGCUAAAGCACUCCAAAACCGAAAUCAAUGUGGUUUACCGUCCACUACUGAGACAAAUCCAAGAGAGCAAGUCAAGGCGAUAACACUAAGGAGUUCAAAAGUGUUGCCUAAAGAUCAUACAGAGAAGGUUAUAAUAGAAGCAGAAAAGGAGCAGCGUGAGGAAAAUGAACCUGAAAAGGUAGUCACUAAGCCUACUCCACUACCUCUGUAUGUACCAAAAAUGCCAUUCCCACAGCGAUUGUGGCAGCCAAAAGAUACUUGGCAGUUUCAUCAGUUUUUAGAAACUUUCAAGCUACAAAUCAACAUCAGUUUGGCUGACGCACUACGAGAAAUAUCGCAUUAUGCCAAGUUUUUAAAGGACAUCCUUAUGAACAAGAGAAGUUGGGAUGAGAAUACGGUUCCAUUUACUGAAAAUUGCAGCUCAAUCAGCUUGAGCAAAUUACCAACGAAGCUCGAUGAUCCAGGGAGUUUUACUAUUCCUUGUACUAUUGGUGAUUUGCAAACUACUAAUUGUCUUUGUGAUUUGGGUGCUAGUAUAAAUUUAAUGCCUCUAUCUUUGUUUAGGAAACUACUUGGUGACCAACAGGUUAAGACCACCCCAAUGAUGCUGCAGUUGGCUGACCAUUCGGUCAAGAAGCCAUAUGGGAUCGUGGAAAAUGUUUUAGUUAGGGUCGACAAAUUUAUAUUCCCAAUGGAUUUUGUCGUCCUUGACUAUGAAAUUGACAAAGAAUGCCCAUUGAUCCUUGGACGCCCAUUCAUGAACACAAUCAGAGCACUCGUUGAUGUGAAUGCAGGCAAGCUGACUCUGCGAAUAGGGGAAGAAAGCGUGGAGUUUGAAAUGAAGAAGAGCGAGCAAGGCUUGAGAAAUGAAGAAAAAUGCAUGAGGGUCGACUGUGUUGAGGAAAGCGGGCAUGACAACAAGAGGGAGGUUAUGUACUUGUCCAUUCCUGAGAUAUUCUAA